GAAUGAGGCCUACGAACUUGUUUGGUCCUGAAAGAUUGAUUAACGCAGUAAGACAAAUUUGUAAAAAAACUGCUUUGCAAAGUUCUGAUAUGUUAAAAGAUAUCCAGACAUGUCAGAUAACUGAAAUUAAUUAUUUGAAUGGAUAUUUGGUAAAGCUGGGCAAGAUUUAUGGGAUUCCCACACCAAUAAACCAAUUUGUUAUUGAUAUGAUAUAUUUAAAACAUAUCUUACAUUCUGAUUCUCAACAUUUAAAAAGUAGGUUAUAG